AAAAUUUGUACUGUUAGGUUGUUUUCGUGGCAAGUGUAUCAUAAUAAUUUUGUAGUUGACAAGUGUUUGUUUCUCUAAACGUCGCUAAUUCAAGUUAGUUUUCUAUAAAUUCUCAAUAUUUAAAAAUCAAAAAGUGAGUUUAUUUUAAUUAACAUCAAACAUGGUUCAUGUUUUGCAAAAACAAGAAUGAGGAAUUCUCGCAGUAACAAACCAAAGGAAACUAAUAAACAAAAGAAAGAACGUAAGAAGGAAUUUUUGGAAAAUAAGAAAAAUGUUGUAACAGUUGUUUUACCUACUUUGGCUGUUAUUUUUGCUCUUAUCACUUUAUUUAUUUACUUGAAAGUUCAUCCUAAUGCAUUAAAUUUCAUGGCAUCUGAGAAAUCACUUUAAAAUAUUUUAAUUAAACUUAUCAUGUGAUUAAUUACAUUUAACGUCACAUUCUUAUUCCUAUUUUUUUUUUUGUGUGAUGUAUUUCCUCAUCAAUUUUAUGUCUUUACAAUUUAUUAUUAUUACUUGAUUUUCUUAAUGCACACAUCUUAAAUUCUAAGAUAAUGUGUUUCAUAAUAACUAAAUUAAUAAUUAUAUCUUGUUUAUCAAUCAAUUAUUAUUUUUAUCUUGCAUAUUUUUUAUAUAUAAAAUAAUUAAACAAAUAGAUUUUUUUCAGAACCAUAGUAUAUAUUUUUAAUAAGGUUAUGUAUCUUAAUGAAAUUUUAUUGUUGAAAAUCUUUAUGUUUAAAACUUAUAUUUUGUUCAAAACUUUAUUUUUAAAAUAAAUAUAUACCUACAUUAUUUUUUAAAUCUA